UUGCUUUGCUGUGAAAUGUGCUGUAAUGUUUCUUUAUUUUUUAUUUCUUCAUAAUUAUUAAAUAAUCCCAUUUGAGAUUCGCUCCACCUUGAUUUUUGUGUGUUAUUUUGUCGUGAACGUAAUAUGUGACAGUCCUUGCAUUGACUUCCCUGGGACUCAGACUGUAUUGACACUAAUUUGUAUCUCGUAGUCAGGUUUUCCCAGUUCAACAGUUUUUUAAAAAGUGCAUGGAAUGUGAUUGCAAUGGGAUCAAGUAUGCGGUUCCAGCAGCGGCCAGGAGGUGUGGGCUCAAACGGAAGUGCAGAUCUUGUCUUGCGGGCGUCUUGCGGCUGGCGUUCACCACUGCAGUGCCUGGCACGACUCCUGCGCGAUCAGUGCAAGGCAAUCUCUUCUCACCUGGUGCCCCAGAAGUGUCAGUGUCAGCAAGCCUUCAACUGCAGGACUCUCCCUUUAUGAACAACAUGGAUGAGAUAUCAUACUGGAUCUACACAAAACGAGCCCCUUGCCUGUUGAACUACGACAACAUUGUCAAGAAGCAAGUUGAGCAAGCACAAUGCUCUACCACUAAACCACAGAGUGUGAAAAGCUGCAAAUCUCAGGAUGAACCAUCACCCCGUAAGAAAAGAAAGUUAAAACUAUUAGAUGAUGAUUCAGCAUCAACAGAGAAGCAGCAGAACAUCUACUUUAAAACUCCACAUAACCAAAAAACUGCAUUGAGCAGUUGUAAAUCAAAUGGAGAUGGCUCAGACAUUGAUUUCAAUAUUAAAACUUCAUCAGCCCAGAAGAAAUCCAAAAAAAUUAAGCUACAAAGGAAUUGUCAAACUAGAACACCUAAAAAGAAUAAAGUGGCCACUUCAACACCAAAAAUCAGAACUUUAAGGCGAAGUCUCCGAACAGCAAAACGCAAGUUGAAUAACCUAAAUUGUACUUUUCAAAUAUUAAAUGCUAGUGUUGUUAAUGGAAAACAAGAUACCGAAACAGCAGAGGAGACUAAUCAGCUUGACAAAGUGGCCACUAAUGAUGGAAGCAAGAGCAAGGUAAUGUUACCUGAGAAAGGAACCAAUGAAGUUGUAUUGAACGGUCAGUUUGAGGAUUUGAGUGAUGUCUCUGGUUUGACUGCAAACUAUAUUCGUUCUACCAAAGUGCAGUUGUCAAACCGGCCAAACAAGUUAAGGAAUCGAAACAGCAGGAACCUCUCUAAAGAAACAAAGCAGAGAGAGCAGCAUGACAAAAUGAUAAUGUGUGUAAAUAAGUCUGUUAACACUGGCUUACCAGACACUGCUGCAUUAAAUUGCAGCACCAGUUCAUCUCAAAAUGUCCUAAAAUUAGUAACAGUGCAAACUAAAGAACAACCUUCUAGGGUGAACAAGAGCACUUCCUUACUUAAAUUUAUGGAGUCAAAGUUAGAUGGCUGUAAUAUUAAUAGUAAAAUUGAUAAACAAGAAAGUAAAAAUAACUUAAAUAUUUCUUUCCAGUCCAGGAGCAGCGGUGCAUCCAGGUAUCCUAGAAGGCACAAACAAAAUACUACAAAAAUUCCUGAACCAAACUGUUCUACUAAUCUCAACAAUAACUCCAGAGCCAAUGCCACCGGAAGGAAAUACAACAUGCGUAAAGGGGCUCUUAACUUAGAUCGGAAGGAAAAUUCAGAACAAAAAGUGGUUUCCAGGGCUCGAAGCGGAAGGCGAAGAGGUUUAAAGCUUGACGUUGAGGCAUCAGAGUGUCCAGUGCUACGGUUGAAUAGUUCCACAGAGCAAGUGAGCUCCAGUCAUGCGGUGAAUGUUGCUUGUCCUAAUACUAGGAGCGCAAAGAAGACCACCACCACAUCCAGGUGCCUGCGCAGCCGAACAGUGAGGGACAAAAGUGGACCAUUGUGCAAGGACUCUGCUAGUGAGGGAAGUAAUAAAAAACUCUCUGACCAUGUGCACAGUGCCUUAGAACAAUCAACACCUAAAUGUGUUAAAAAAGUUAAAAAGACAAUGGAUAAAACUAGGCAAUCCUUGAGGGACUCUUUAAGGGACAAGAGCGGUUUUGCCGCUUGUUUCUCGGACAGUGAUAGUGACAGUGAACCGUUGAAACAACCCAAGUUUUUCUCUUAGCAUUUUAAAAGUCAUUUAUAAUAAUUUUAAGAGCCUUUGUACACAGCUGUAUAUCCACACAACUGAUAAAAAUGCGAAUAUGAUACAGUUGCAGCCUGUUUACUUAUCCAUAUGGUCACAAAUUAACUCUGCAGUGCAGCCAUUGUGCUCUAGUAGUAAAAAUGACAAGUGCAAAGGCAUGCAUAGCUUUGGGCGAAUAUAUUACUGAAAUUUUCCUCUGGUAGUUUUUGGCAUAUUCUCUCAUAUUAAUAUUGGACAUGUUUGUGGCAGUUAGGUUUGAUGCCUAUAUUCCAUGUAUUAUAAUUAUUGUGAAAUAACCAUACAACUUACACAGAUUAAUGAAUGUACAGGUGUGUGUGAUUUGUAAGUAUGGGUUAAACCAUUCUCACAUUGUGAACUCCAUUUUUUUAACCUGGCUUACAACAAACUUGUGUACUUGUGUGUCAUAAAUAGAAUGUGUGUGGGAAAAAAUAUUUCACAUGUUAAAAUGAAUAAAAACAAAUAAAUAAAAAGAAAAUUGAUUUAUGUAUGUAUCUUUUCAAUGAUUUAUACUUAUUAAUACAUACCUCACUAAAAGUGACAACAAAGGUUUACAUUACAAGACAGGUAAUAAAAAUGGUGUUCAUGUAAAUGCACAUGUGAUUUCAUAAGAGACACUUUAAAUUGUAUUUAUAAAGCUUGCUUUGAGAUAUAGAGGAUGUUUUUAUAGCUGAGGACAAGGGGUAAGUGCUGUAUAAUAUGGGUCAUAUAUUACAAAAAUGUGUUAUUAGUUAUUAGCUAUUCUGUUAACUUAUUAUAUUUAGGUGAGGAUAUGAAUGAAAAAAAAAAAUUACUGGAUGUACGAACAUAAAUAAAAUUUGUGUAUGGGGUUUGUAUUAUAAGUGCCAUUUUAAGCGACAUUAUUUAAAUUGAUUGUACCUUUGUUUGUAUGACCACAACAGUGUUGUUCGGUGUUUUAGUUAACAUUUUAAUUUUUAAUUUAGAGUAACUAUAUUAAAACUCCUGUUUAUUUUGUAUUAAA